UCUCUUCUAAUAGCUGCCACUCAUCCAAUCCACAAAUUUCCCUCUCUUCCAUGAGAAGCUGAAUUGAACUCUUCCCAUUUUUCUCCGUUCAUCUUCGCCGGAGCAAUUUUUCCCAUGGCGAAAACUUUGAUUUCAUCUCCGUCGUCGUUCAUCGGAACUCCUUUGCCGUCGCUCUCUCGCCAUGUAUUUCACCGGCGAAGGCUUAUCUCUACUAGAGUGAAAUUCAGCUUCCAUGACCUUCCCCCGAUUCACUCGCUUCACUCUAAUUUUGAUUUUGAAGCUGUUGUAAGCCGAGCGGAGGGACUUCUCUAUACGUUAGCUGAUGCUGCCGUCGCGGCUGAUCCUGGUGUUGCUUCCGAUGUUACUGCCGCCGGUACUGCUCAGAAAAGUGGUGGUUGGUUUGCUUUCAUUUCUGACGCCAUGGAAGUUGUGUUGAAGGUAAUGAAGGAUGGACUGCAAGCUGUGCAUGUGCCUUAUUCCUAUGGAUUCGCAAUCAUAUUGCUUACUCUCCUGGUUAAAGCUGCCACUUUCCCUUUGACAAAGCAACAGGUUGAAUCAACUUUAGCAAUGCAAAAUCUCCAACCAAAGAUCAAAGCUAUUCAACAAAGAUAUGCUGGAAAUCAGGAGAGAAUCCAACUCGAGACUUCACGUUUAUAUAAGCAGGCAGGGGUCAAUCCUCUUGCUGGAUGUUUCCCAACUUUGGCUACUAUACCUGUUUGGAUUGGUCUUUAUCAAGCUCUCUCCAAUGUGGCAAAUGAGGGAUUGCUGACUGAAGGUUUCUUUUGGAUCCCUUCUUUGGGAGGCCCGACUACUAUAGCUGCUCGACAGAGUGGAUCUGGAGUUUCUUGGUUAUUCCCAUUUGUGGAUGGGCAUCCGCCUUUGGGUUGGCAUGACACGGUGGCUUACCUCAUUUUGCCUGUCCUGCUAAUUGUUUCACAAUAUGUUUCAAUGGAGAUAAUGAAACCUCCCCAAACAGAUGAUCCGUCUCAAAAGAACACACUUCUGGUUUUCAAGUUCCUUCCGCUCAUGAUUGGCUAUUUCUCUUUGUCUGUUCCAUCAGGGUUAACAAUUUACUGGUUCACAAAUAAUGUGCUGACCACAGCACAGCAGGUAUGGUUGCGCAAGUUAGGUGGUGCAAAGCCUGCUGUGAGUGGAGAUGCCGGUGGUAUCAUCAGUGCUGGACGUGCAAAGAGAACUACCUCUCAACCUGAACAAGCUGGAGAGAGAUUCAGGCAGCUAAAAGAAGAUGAAAAGAUGAAAAAGUCAACCAAGGCACUCCCUACAGAUAAGGUUGAACUUUCUGCUUCUAUAUCUGAUUCCGAGGACGAACAAGAUGAUGACACCAAGCCCAAGGAUGAAGAAGUUCUGGAAGAGGCUUAUGCUUCUAGCAGUAGUAAAGAAGUUCCAAAUUACUCAGGGCCAAGGAAGAGUAAGAGAUCAAAAAGGAAGCGUGCUGUAUAAAGUGUAUUGUUUGCAGUGAGCACAUUAGAAGUGGAGCAACAAGGACUUUAGACUAGACAACAUUACUCUUCCGACAAUUCAGUUGGUGAAGGUUAAUAAAGUUCCUAUCUCAAAGAUAUCCCAGUGUUUGUACAAGCAAAAUAACCUAAAUCUCAGAUCUUCUAACUAUUAGAUAUAUGUCUAACCUCCAACUCUCAGCAAAUAUCAUGAUUUCGUACGGCUAGCUUGUUCUUUUGCUCAUAGCCAUGAUGGCAGGUGACAAUUUCUAGUUGGCUUUGGCCCAGUAGUGGUAUAGGGAUCCUUCUUGUAUAUUCCCUGCUUCACAACAGUUUGAUAAGAGACUGCAUGCAUAAACUAAAGCAAAAGAGAGACUACACACUUUAGUUGGCAAUUUAACUUGUAUAUAUGACACAUGUAUCUUAGUCUGUGUCUAGUGCCCCUUUUUUAUGCCGGUCAUAUAUUUGAGGACUAUUAGCUAAAUGAAGAAAGCCUGCUGAGUUGGCAAAUUGGUUAAGAUUUACUCAGGCUCUUUUAAGUUUUAUGGCGAGCUUAGCUAGGAAAAGCUAAAUUUUCCAUAUUCUUUAAUGUGUAGCAUGUGGGCUUUGUUAUUUCCAAUUAUUGUACGAAUAUUAACCACGACUUGAGUGGGCAAUAGUGUGUUCUGAUGCAUCAAAGUUUGCAGUAAGGUGGUGGCAGCAUAGAAUUUUAAGCAUCUGGCCCAAGGUUUUCUUUAUUUUGCUUCAUUAGUCAUUACAAUAAUCCUAAUCCCUAUCUCUCAAUUCCUGAUGCUAGCAUGCAAAUCGUUCUCUUGUGACCUACAAUGUUAAGCUUGGUUUCCUAGGAGCUCAGUCUUAAGUUGGCCUUCAGUAAAUGAGUUUUGGUUUCACUUUUAGAUUUUACUCAAAAUUGUCUUGAUCUUGUUGAGAUUUGAGAAUGGUCUGUGGAAUUUUUACUUUUUUAAGAACUAGAUAUUGAUAGUCGUAAAUUGACUACAUUGCUUGCAGUAAAUCAUAUUAGGUGUGAAGUCUAAGGACUAUAGAUUAGAUAAAGACCAGUUUUCUAUACUGCUUAGUAAAUGAAGGAAAUGUAAUUCCAAUCUGAUGAAAGGAUAUCCCACUGUUUUUACAAAUUGCCUAAAUAUGAAAUCGUCUAACUAAUACAUCUAUGUCUAACCUCCAAUUCGAUAAUUGUGGUCUCAUAUGACUAGUUCAUUCUUCUGUUCAUGGCCUGAUGGUGGACGAUGAUUUCCAGUUGGAUUUGGCCCUUGAUGGUGGACGAUGAUUUCCAUUUGGAUUCGGUCCAGAUGGUGGUUUAUGAAUCUUUUCAUACUUCCCCUGCUCCACAAUAGUUUGAUUAGAAACUCCAUGCAUAAACUAGUUCAGAAUAGAGACUCCAUACUUGUAAGACUUACCAAAUUAGCAAGAAUGUGUCCUCUUGUUGAUCUCAAUGUGUAGAACACUGAGCUUUUAUUGGACUUAACUGCGAUAGAGAAGCUAGAGUUAAGACCCAUUGAUAUACUUGCCUACUAAAAUCACAUAACUGUUUUGUAUAGGAAAUCCCGGAGUUGAAGAAACUAGAAAAAACACGACUUGCUUCAGCUACCACAUCAAGAAAAUAG